ACUGCAUGUCCUUAUAUGGUCACCGAGUGACAUCCAGAGGGCCCCGCCUUCUCCCGCUGGCUGUGGCCGGGGAAGGCUUGAGGGAAUCAGGAUGCAGUCAGCUCAAAGUGUCGGUCCGACGGCAAAACUCGGACUGAACGGUCCACCUCGGAGAUCAUGAUAGGAACCUCGGGCUUCAGGUGAACCGGGCCGACAUGGACUGAGCGGAGCGGGGAGCGAGUCCCGGUCCAGUCCAGGGCGGUGUCAUGGCGGCACGGUUUCUGGACCGCCUGAAGCGCUCUCUGUUCAAGACUGGCCCGGGCGCCGACCCGGACCAGGAGGGCGGCGACCUGGAGGGCGAGAGGCGGGGCUUCAGCGAGGAGCGGUGGGAGGCGGAGCUGGAGGAGGAGGAGUGCGUGACGGAUCGUCUCCGGGGAACGCUGUGCUUCGACGACGGAGAGCUCGGCGGCGAGGACGAUGGCGAGGUGAUAGACAGCGACUCGGACUUCCUGGGCGAGUCGCUAGAGGACGGACUGAGCAGCACAGACGCCAGUCCUGUGGGUGUGUCCCCCGUUGGCCCCACCCCUUCCGCCCUGCUGACCCGACAGAUCCAGGACGGUUGGCGGACCCUCCGCGGACUCGGCGGGUCGAGUCCCGGCCACGGCGUGAGGCGGCCGGCGGACGGGCUGCUGUUCGAGGUGACGGACGCCAGCGUGGUUCAGGACGGCGCCGCCAAGUAUGUGCUCUACGCCAUCCAUGUCAUCCAGUCCGGAGGCAGCGACAAGAUGCCCGCUGUCAUCACCCGCCGCUACUCCGACUUCCAGCAGCUCCAUGCCACUCUGAGGCGUAACUACGGCAACCAGAUGGAGCGCGUCUCGUUCCCCCGAAAGAAGCUGCGCAGGAACUUCACGGCGGAAACCAUCGCUAAGCGAAGCCGGGCGUUCGAGCAGUACCUCUCUCACCUGUGUUCGCUGCCCGACCUGCGGGGGGCGCCGAGCGUGUGGCAGUUCUUCUAUCUGAGCGACCUGCAGGCCGGCCAGCUGCUCAUCAGAGCCGAACGUUUCCAGGACGCUUUGGGUCCGCUACUCAACGCCAAGAGACUCCAACACAAGCUGGGCUGGGCCAGUUACCAUGACGAUGAGACACAGGCCCUGCCCCCAGCCUCCUCCCAUUGGUUCUUCACCCUGGUGGCGCUGGCUUGUUGUUUCCAGGAGGUGGAGCAGCUGGAGGAGGCUCUGGAGCACUGCGACCAAGCCCUCCGCCUGCUCCUGCGCCCUGAGGUGCAGGACAAGCCCCUCCCACUGACUGAUAAGCCACUCCCAUUGCAUAAUAAGCCCCUCCCCUUCCAGCUGGACGCGGCGCUCCAGUCGCUGGCGCUGCCGCUGCUGCAGGCGGUUAUCCGUCUGUCGUGGCAAACAGGAAGAGACAAGCAGCAGUGGGAGGAGUAUCUGCAGCAGCUGGAGGGGGCGGGGCCAGACGACCAUGUGACCAUCAGGGACUUCCUGGUGAAACACAAACUGCAGGAGAGCGAUGGCUGAGGCGGCGCGCAGCGGGAAGCAGAGACUCCUGCUUCCCGCUGCGCGCAUCAAGUAGAAAAAGCAAUAAAGUGAGAACAGUUUUUGGUUUUGGAUGGAAAUGAAAUGUAAUCUGAGCCGCCGCCUUGGUUUAGAUCCAACAUGGAGGACGGCUUGACUGCUGCUGACAGAAGCAACGCCGCAGUUUCUCCUUCUGGGAAACGACCUGAAACCUCCUCAGAGUUUCACUUCAGCUUUCAGCCAGACCACCUGACUCUGAUCUGAAGGAAAACAGUUCAACGGCUGCUGGGCGGCGGCGCCCCCUGCAGGAUCCCCAGCCUUCAGGCAGAUACCUGGCUGCAGUUGCCACGGAGACCCGGAGUGAUGACUGGAUGUUGGACAGAAAUAGAUGUGAGGAUUGAUUUGCAUCAGCAGCUAACGUGACAAUCUGACGGCUGAUUGGUGAACAGAGGAUUAAAGAAGGGAGAAAGUUCACAGCGUCAUUCAUUCAUAUGAAUGAAUUUAAGUGUUUACUCCAUAAAUCAUAACACAGCAGUAUUAUGACUCCAUAAGGUGGAACCACAUACAUAAAGCUCCAUAUUUCAGUGGCACAUUUUCAAUCAAAAACAUGUUAAAAUAUCAGAAAAAUAUUCAAAAGAGAUGUAACUAUAGUUACUGAAGCAAUUAUUUCUGUCCGCAUGCAGUUCCACAUUGAGGUCAGCAGAGGGCGGAGUUUCAGCACUGAGACUUUAACCUGAACUUCCUGCUCUUUGGGACUUUGAAUGAAUUAAAGUGAAUUUUCCGUUAAUUUUAAUCAUUUUCAGUUUAUCGUUAUUUCAGGUCAAAUGGGGGAGAAUUUUUCUACAUGUCAUUUCGAUUCGUUUAUUGAUAAUCUGAAAAACCACAAAGAAGGGAAAAUAAACAUAUUUAUUAUCA